UUUGCGACCCCAUGGACUGUGGCCCAUCUUAACUCUUUAACAGUGGGCAGCAUAUGUUUUCUGCCUUUCAGUCUCAAUUCAUAUUGCCUUGUGAAUGAAUUCAUGAGUAUUCGUCUUUGAUACGAUCAGAUCUUUGCCUGUAAAUGAGUGUCAGUCAGGUGAGAUCAUUCCCUUCAUCCAAGCCGCGACUUGGAGGAGAAACGCCUUCGCCGUUCCUUGCCUGUGUGGUGGCUGUGCGUCCCUGGACCUCCGUCAGGUGGAUGACAUGGGGUCACAGUCUGCCGUGUGCUGCUGGGACUCGAGUCUCUGUCCUGUGGUUUUUAAGUCAGUCUCGUGAGUGAGGACGUGUCCCCCAUCGUCAGCCCUGACUGAAAACAUGACAAUUUGAAUCCCAAGGAAAGAGGGACCUGUUUUUGCCCCCUUAGGGUAUUGUUCAUAGUUAUGGGCGGGAAUAGUAUGACAUCAGAGUGUUCGCCUGGCUCAGUUUAUGUCCCAGGACAGUCAGAGGCAACCUGAUAGUAACAUUUGGUAUAAUCCCUGUAUCAGUAGUGUUGUAAGGGAAGCAUUUGUUGAUCUUAAUAGUGGGAAACUCUUUAUGAACAUGGUAUCUUGAUAGUGUGGAACUCUUUAUGAACGUGGUUGAAUCCAUGCCUUUUUUUUCCCUCUUAGCCCCCUUUCUGUGUCAUCCCAACCUAUAGAUACGCUAUGGUGCUGUGGGAUUUAUCACCGUGGUAGCUCACCAACUAAGCACAACUGAUGUCUACUGCAAACUGCUGCCUUACCUUGACCCAUAUAUUACUCAACCAAUAAUACAGGGAAUGACAGAGGAAGAGGAAGAGAAGCUUUUGGCUCUGAAAGACUUCAUGAUGAAAUCGAACAAAGCAAAGGCCAAUAUAGUGGAUCAGAGUCAUCUCCAUGACAGUAGUCAGAAAGGUGUAAUUGAUUUGGCAGCCUUAGGUAUAACUGGGAGACAAGUUGACCUUGUUAAAACCAAACAGGAACCAGAUGACAAGCGAGCUAGAAAACAUGGGAAACAAGACUCAAAUGUCAGUGAAGAGUGGAAAAGCAUGUUUGGCUCUCUGGAGCCACCGAGCAUGCAGCAGGCCCUGGCCUAAAGGGAGUGAUCAGGAGGUGAUGCCGGCUGGGAAGCCGCCUCGUUCCGAGUCCUCCGCUGCUAUCUGCGUCCCUUUGUCGACUUCUCCGCAGGUUCCAGAAGUGACAAAUGUCCAAAAUAGAAAACCAACAGUACAGGUUUUCAGUAGCACAAUUUUACCGUCCACUUCCCAGAUCCGGAUCACAACGUGUAAAGCUGAGCUUCAGCGGCUCAUACAGCAGAAACGGGAGCAGUGCAGUGCCGAGAGGAUAGCUAAGCAGAUGAUGGGAAACGCCGAGUGGGAGAGUAAACCCCCACCACCUGGUUGGUAGGUGCCCAUUAUGCUACUGGGGAAGAGCAGAGAAAUAACUCCAGAAGGAAUUAAGAGGCUACGCCAAAGCGGAAACAACUCCAAGUUGUGGAUAUGACUGGUGGUGAAACUAAAGUCCGGUGCUGUAAAGAACAACAUUGCAUAGGAAGCUGGAAUGUUAGGUCCGUGAAUCAGGGUAAA